GGCGGGCGGCAGCGGCAGCAGCAGCAGCAGCGUGGGGCCGCCAUGGGCCGCGGGAAGAAGAAGAAGAAGAAGGGUCCGGGGGGCCGGGAGGGGCGGCUGGUGGUGACUUUCGACGAGGAGAGGCGGAGGGAGUACCUGACCGGCUUCCACAAGCGGAAGGUGGAGCGGAGGAAGGCGGCGUUGGAGGAGAUCAAGCGGAAGCUGAAGGAGGAGCAGAGGAAGAUGAAGGAGGAGCGGCACCAGGAGUACCUGAAGAUGCUGAGCGAGAGGGAGGAGGCGCUCGAUGAGGCUGAUGAACUGGAGCACUUGGUGACGUCUCAGACAGAGUCUGUGAACAUUGACCACCCAAAUCACGUUGUAACAGUGACAACCAUCAGUGACCUAGACCUCUCAGGAGCACGCCAGCUGGGAUUGACCACUCCUAUGGGAAAGAGUGAUGGAUCAGAAGAAGAGAAAGGAGAAGAAGUGGUGAAGAAGCCUGUAAGAACAAUGCCCAAGAAGUCCAGAAACCCAUUUCUGUCUGAAAAGAUAUCUUCUCUUACUGCCACGCUGCACAUGCACAGCCGGAAGAAGACGAAAGGAAAGCGACCCCAGCGUGGGCAGGGUCCCCGCAAGAAGGCCCAGAAAUCCAGCACGGGCCGGACCACUAAGACUCAGCGACGGAGGCUGACGGGCAAAAUGGGCCGCGACCAAGACUGACGGAGAAGCCAGUGCUCAGACCAGCAGCUGGGACAGCACUCCACAUCUGACCUGCUGCUCUUUUGGGCCCCUUCACUGUGGGCAAGGGCAGUAGCGAGCCCAGUUCUGCCUUUUUCUCAUUUCCUGAGCUCUGGUCAGGAUCACUAGACACUCUGUUUCUGCAGUGACCUCUGGGUGCUGUGGAUUCUCUAAAAACUUCUGCCGAGGGUCAGGUUCUCUAUUUGAGAAACCCAUCUGUCCUUGGGCCUCCCCUUCCAGAGCUGAUACUUGGCUUUAUCAACGGGGAGAAUCUGGUGCUGAGUGCAACAGGCACAUCGCCAGGGCAAUUUAUGCAACCAUGAAAUGCUCUGCAUCAGUGCCCUGACAUCUCUGCUGUGCAGUAAAUCCUUUUUCCAUGGAAAGACAGUGUCAUCCUGUCCCGUGUGUUCCUUCCCUUCUCCAGUGCCACACCUGAAUGCAGGGGUACUUUUUGUUUGGUACUUGUGCCAGGUGAAAUCGAGUAACUUUGUGAAUAAAUCUUUAUGAAGU